GGACCUGCACGCCUUCUACUACUCGUGGUACGGGAGUCCGCGGCGCGAGGGCCACUACAUUCACUGGGACCACGUCAUGGUGCCGCACUGGGACCCCAAGAUCUCGGCCAGCUACCCGCGCGGCCGCCACAGCCCCCCGGACGACUUAGGCUCCAGCUUCUACCCGGAGCUGGGGCCCUACAGCUCCCGGGACCCCGAUGUGCUGCGGGAGCACAUGACCCAGCUCAAGGAAGCCGCCAUCGGUGUCCUGGUCCUGUCCUGGUACCCACCUGGCAUGGCUGACGAUAACGGGGAGCCCUCAGAUGACCUGGUACCCGCCAUCCUGGACACCGCCCAUCAGUACGACAUCCAGGUGGCCUUCCACAUCCAACCCUACAAGGACCGGGAUGACAUCACUGUACAUGACAACAUCAAGUACAUCAUUGACACGUAUGGCUCCCAUGGUGCAUUUUACCGCUACAAGAACAGUAUGGGCAAGAGCCUCCCACUCUUUUAUAUCUACGACUCAUAUCUGACAUCCCCUGAGGCCUGGGCCCACCUCCUGACACCAAAUGGGCCCCACUCGAUUCGCAACACCCUCUACGAUGGGGUCUUCAUAGCGCUGCUGGUGGAGGAGGGCCACACCCAUGACAUCCUGGCAGCUGGAUUUGACGGCAUGUACACCUACUUUGCCUCCAAUGGUUUCUCCUUUGGCUCCUCCCAUCAGAACUGGAAGGCUGUGAAGAACUUUUGUGACGCCAACAACCUCAUGUUCAUUCCCAGUGUGGGGCCUGGCUACAUAGACACCAGCAUCCGGCCCUGGAACAACCACAACACACGGAACAGGGUCAACGGCAAGUACUAUGAGACAGCCCUGCAGGCGGCCCUGACAGUGAGGCCUGAGAUCGUCUCCAUCACCUCCUUCAAUGAGUGGCAUGAGGGCACUCAGAUCGAGAAGGCCAUUCCCAAGAAGACACCAACUCGCCUGUAUUUGGACUACCUGCCUCAUCAGCCCAGCCUGUACCUGGAGCUGACCCGCCGCUGGGCAGAGCACUUCAUCAAAGAAAAGGAGCAGUGGCUGAUGUGAGGGACCUCCAGUGGGUCACGAGGUGCCGAUGUACCAGCCACACUGGAAGGUGUCACCUUGUGGGGCUUAACUGAGACUGUGGGCACCCACUCAUUCCCAAGUCAGUAGCAGAGUGCUUCUGGCCCCACAUAGAACAGAGCAUGCUCCUCAGGCAGGUGGUGCUGGGUGCUCUGCAGUGAUGGGAAGUAGGCAGUGUCCCCAAGGGAGCAGAUGAGGCUGGCAGAUGACUGGACUUAGCCCAGAGCAGCUCUGUGUCCUUAGAACACUUUCAUAUAAUCUUGUAGCUCUAAGCCCUGUGGCAGUUCAGUGUUGUGUGGUGGGAAGGGCGUCGGGAUCUGGGCCCACAUCUACCCUGGUCCCUCCCACCAGCCUGGGUCCUCUCUUUAGGCCUGCUUCCCAUACCAUGUCUUCUCUAAGUUAGGGGACCACGUUAGAAACUUUGGAAAAGGGAAUUUCUAGGUUUAAGCUCCUCCCAGUAGAUUCCUGAACCCAGUUAUCAGGAAGUAAUCCCAAGCAUUCACAUGUUCAUUCAGCCCUCACUAAUUGAGCACCUUACUUGUGUGCUAGGUGCUGGGGAAAACUUGACCAAGGAGCGGUUCCUGUCCUCCUGAAGCUUCCAGGAUCCAGCUUUCCUUAUUUGGUGUGGCCUUGUAACUAGUGCCUGGGCACAGUUGUGGUUUGUUUUUGUUUUCUUUGCCGGUCCAGUCAGUGCUGGGAGUUCAGUUCUUUUUCCUCUAAAAAAUACCCCUCUGUUCCAGAGCCCACUUUUCCCCAGACGAACAUUUAGCUCCAGGGAGAAGACUAGGACACCCACCUCCCUUUAGCUGCCUGAACAGAACGAGGCCCACUCACUCAAGCCGUUUUCAGUGCUACUGUGAUUUGUAUUAUUAAAUAUGAAGUGGUAUUCUCCAGCAA